AUGGCAGCUCCGAUCGUCUGUGUCCCGUCGCUCGAGACAGCGCGCGAGGUCAUCUCCAAGUCAAGAAACUCUCAAUUCGCCCCGAACCUCCUGCCGGUGACUGCCUCAAUCCCUGCAGACCUUUUGACGCCGACAUUAGCAUACCUCAAAAUCGCGGAGAGCUCGCGCUUGUCCUUUUUAUACGAGAGUGCCGCGACUACGGAGACUAUUGGAAGAUAUAGUUUCGUUGGCGCAGACCCUAGAAAGACCAUCAAGACCGGUUCUGGCCAUGGCCCGGAGACCGAUCCCCUGCCUAUCCUUGAGGAGGAACUUUCGCAGUUCCGCGUUGCUUCGGUCCCCGGAUUAAUCCUCCCACCUUUGACAGCCGGAGCCAUCGGAUAUGUUGGCUAUGACUGUGUCCGAUACUUCGAGCCCAAGACCGCGCGGCCCGUGAAGGAUAUCCUGGGCGUGCCGGAGUCCAUGUUCAUGCUCUUCGACACUAUUGUUGCCUUUGACCACUUCUUCCAGGUCGUCAAGGUCAUCACCUAUGUCCCGAUUCCGGCCAACGAUGCCGAUAUCGAAGUCGAAUACCAGAAGGGUCAGCAGAUCAUUCAAAAGACCAUCGAUACUCUCCUCCAGGACCGCACACCACUGCCUCCUCAGGGCCCCAUUAUCCAGAACCAGGAGUACACCUCCAACAUCGGUCAGGAGGGCUACGAGAACCACGUCAAGAAGUUGAAGGAGCACAUCGGCAAGGGCGAUAUCUUCCAAACCGUCCCCUCACAACGGCUGUCUAGGCCCACCUCUCUCCACCCGUAUAACCUCUUCCGUCACCUUCGCACCGUCAACCCUUCCCCUUACCUGUUCUAUAUCGACUGCGAAGACUUCCAGCUCGUGGGUGCCAGUCCCGAGCUCCUCGUGAAGGAAGAGCGAGGCCGCAUCAUCACCCACCCUAUCGCUGGAACAGUAAAGCGUGGUAAGACUCUGGAAGAGGAUACAGCGCUUGCCGACGAACUCCGCAGCAGUCUUAAGGAUCGCGCCGAGCACGUCAUGCUGGUCGAUCUGGCCCGCAACGACGUGAACCGUGUUUGUGACCCGAUCACGACGCAAGUCGACCGCUUGAUGGUUGUAGAGAAGUUCUCUCACGUGCAGCACCUCGUCUCACAAGUCUCUGGUGUCCUUCGACCCGGUAAGACACGCUUCGACGCCUUCCGAUCCAUCUUCCCGGCCGGUACCGUCUCCGGUGCCCCCAAGAUUCGCGCGAUGCAGCUCAUCGCCGAGCUUGAGGGCGAGAAGCGCGGUGUCUACGCUGGUGCCGUCGGAUACUUUGGGUACAACAUUGCCAACGGCGAUGGAUCAAGCGAGGAGCCUGGUGCUAUGGACACAUGCAUUGCGCUGCGGACGAUGCUGGUCAAGGACGGCGUUGCCUACCUGCAGGCUGGUGGCGGUAUUGUAUUUGACUCGGACCCGUACGAUGAGUAUAUGGAGACGAUUAACAAGCUCGGCGCAAACAUUGCCUGUAUCCGUGGAGCGGAGGCGAAGUACCUGAGCAUGGAGAAUGGGUCUGCCUAA